AUGAUCAAGCCGCCAGCGAUGGGCGUCUUUGCCCGCGACCCGCCUACAACAGCCAGAGGGGGUGCAUCGCCUGCGUCCUCCGCCACUCACUUGCCGCAACCGUCCGCCGAUCCCUCUUCAUCUUCCAGUCGACUUCUACCUGCCGACGAGCCACCAUCAGACCCAAUCAAUCCGGAGGAGGAGCCAGCGCAAGAUGACGAUGACCAGGGCACAGUCGACGAAGAGGCCGGCGUCAUUCGUUGUAUUUGUGGAUGCGAUGACGACGAUGGUUUCACCAUCCAGUGCGACAGAUGUCUGGUCUGGCAACAUUGCGCUUGCUUUGGCAUGUCGCAAGCCUCGGUUCCCGAUGAAUACCUUUGCGAGCAAUGCGAUCCUCGUCCUGUCGACGUCGCUUUUGCCCAGGCACAUCAGCAGAAGCGCAAGAACAACGAAGCACGAAAGGCCCUCAUGGAUCGCAACCUCAAACGACAGGCACAGGCACUCGCUUCCAACAACUACACCCAGACCUAUCUUGCCCAGGACGCCGUUCCUUCCCCAACUUCCAGCACACAUGCCCCUUCUGCCUCCACAGCCGCUCAAGAAGCCACGUCAGCGACCCAGCAGCCGGCCCAUCCCGCGUCAAUAUCGACAUCAGCAGCAGCUGCUCGCUCGCGAAAGCCGAGUCAGGCACUUGACCUCACCAACACGCAGUUCGUCGUACCAGAACUUCCUGCUAGCGUAGGGACUGCCCAGAGAGGCGGCAGUGCCAAACAGCGCAAAGGCCAGAAAGGGUCCCGUAGAGGCUUCGACACCCCCUCGUCUGUUUCCACUCCGGUCCGAGGCGUCUUCACUCCCGGCAGCUCGCACGAACGCGCAGAUGACCCCUUCGACCUCGCCGAUCAGCUCGAGGCUUGGCACGUCGAGUUCACUCCCGUCACCAAAAACACGGUGGCUGAGCCGUCGAUCGUCGAGAAUCUCGCCAUGGCCAUGCUCGAUUGGGAGGAGGGCAGCCCCCUCAAAGCCGUCCAGGGUCCAGCAGGUCGUGCUAUUGCUCCCACUGCGUACCGGCUUUCCCACAGCAGCAAGCUCGCGCACUCGGAAAUCUAUCCGUCUUCCUCAUCGACAUCGUCACCGUCGUCCCCAUCGCCGCGCGCACUCGGCUCGCCCAUUCCCGAGGCUGCCUUGAUCGGCAUCUCCGCUGUUGGUCAGGAGUGCAUUCCUGUCGAGAUGUCAGGGCCUUCGCUUGCCGACCUUGCUUGCCGAACGUAUGUCAAGCACAUCUCCGAGUCGGCAUCGGCCGGCGUCUUCAGCAACCUCCUGUACGUCAACAACUCGGCGGACGAGCCUCAGCGCAGCUGGUGUGCUUCGCGGGCGUUCUCACGACCGGUCAUGCAUGGUCUCUUUGCCGACGGCUCGAUCCCCGCUGGUGCCUUCAUCACUGAGCUCCGCGGCGAGCUCUACAGCGCCGACGCCUACCGCAACAAUCCGAUCAAUCAGUACGCUGCGCUGGGUGCCACCAAGCCGCAUGUUCAUCUGCUCCCGCCACCGCUCAACCUCGCCAUCGACGCUCGCAGAUACGGAAACGAAGCCCGUUUUGCUCGCUUCAGCUGUCAUCCCAAUGCAGUCCUCCGCCCGAUCCUCUUCCGUCCAAACGGUCAGUCUUCCGCCCGUUCCCGCACCAGCUCGAGGGCACAGUCGCCCGCUGCGACCCUCGCAUUGUCCUCAAGACACAGCAGGCAUGCCGAUACCCCGCCCGUCGAGAUCCGCUCCGACGAGCCGCAGCUGGUCUUUGGACUCUUUGCCCUCACCGACAUUCCGAGAACGCACGAGAUCACAUUGGGCUGGGAAUGGGACGACGCUCAUAUUGUGCACUUCCUGCCCGAGUUGGUGCAGAACCCGUUCCUCGAAUCACGCCACCUCGACGUCGAUGCCAAUCAGCACACCGCCAACAUGGUGGCACUGGCCGAAAAGGGCGAAUUCCCAUAUGCCGAGACCGAGUUCUCGGCUAAGAUGAGCACAGUGGCCGCCGCGCUUCUGGGCUCUGUCCUAUGCGCCUGCAUCGGCUCGGCGGCUCCGCCCGGUGGCGGAGGUGGUGCGAGCGCCAACAAUGGACGCAAGCAGGACUGCGCCGUAGCACAGAUGCUCAGAGUGGGCAACGGCAUGUCGCUUCUGAACGUUAACAUGCCCGGUAAGGCCAACCGGAGAGCAAAGCUGCCCGACUUCUCGCCGUUGGUCGGCGUUCGGAGGUACUGGAGGCCGUACAGCUUGCCGCCUACGCCCGAGACCUCGGCGAAGGACAGCGCGUCACCUGUUGACCAUGCCGUGCUCGACGCAUUAGCACCCGAAGCUGGCACGCUGAACGGUAUGGACGUGGACGACGAGAUGGGAUGCGGCAGCAACGAGAAGAAUGCCAGGCGCGGUAAGCGUCGCAAAGGAGACAGAGCAAAGCAGGACCGCAUGCAGGUCGACGGCGAUCUGGCCGCAUCGGACGCGGACGAUGGCGACGACACGCGGUCUAUCGCCUCCUCGCUUACGGACCCUCUAUCUGGCCUUAGCGAUGAUGACACACUCAGCGAAGAGGAGGACCACGAUCUUAUGGAUGCGCUGCGUGCCGCCGACGACUUGCCCUCUCGUCGAAGACCCGGCAAUAGCGGUGAUGCGGACGCGGUGGACACAGAGCUCUCUGGUUUGUUUCUGCUGCCUCCCAAGAAGCGCUCGAUGCGCACUCGCAUCAAGGCGAUCCUCGCGCCGUCCGACGAUGACGAGGCCAUGGACGAGCAAGUCGCUGACAGGGACGAGGAAGUCCAGCGAAGUAAGGGAGUCAAGGGCACGACCAAGGUCAAAGCAGGUGCGAAGCGCAAAGGAAAGGCAGAUCCUGGUCGCGCAGCGCCUGACUUCUCGUCGGACGAAGACAAAGACGACGGCGGCUACGAUUCGACAACGACCCCGAUCAAGAAGCGCCGAAAGGCAGGCAACAUUGUGGAUCCCAGCUCGCCCCUCUCUUCGGUUCCAUCGCCCCACACGGACGACUCCAACGCCAGCCCGCCAACGCCUGUGCCACGUCUAUCGAAGAAGAAUCGUCUCGAGACCGAGAAGCGUAUGUCGGAUGUGGAGCUGUCCAAGAAGAAGCGUGCCGCCAAGCGCGGCGGUGACCGCAAGGGCAAGACUUCGGAGCCUCGACCCAAGGAAUCGGCGUCGAAGCGUCGCAAGAGGGAAGAGGCGCGCAUUCAUCGCAAUGCUAUCCUCGAUCUAGGCGAUUCGGAGUCCAGCCAGGAUGAUCUGUCGGAGCAGGAGUCAGCCGAAGAGGAAGAUAACGCUGUGGCAAAUGCCGAUAGCCGCGCAUCCACGCCGCGUGCAGCCGCCAAGCAAGCGAAGAACGUCGGCGACGCGACUGGGCCCAAGAAGGCCAAGAGGGAUCUCCUCCCGUCAUCACCCAUCGUGGCAGAGGAUCAGACGCUUGCCAAGGAAGACACGCCGACGAAGACCAAGAAGGUGCGACGCAUCGUGUCCGACUCAGAGGCGAGCAGUGAUGGGGAAGAAGCCGCUCCUGCACCUUUAGAGGAGGAAGAGAUCGGAUCGAAGCAGGAGCCUGCCGUCGCCGCAUCGAAGCCGGAAGCGGUCGAUAGCAAGCCUGCUGAGGCCAACCUCAAGAUCGAGACCGACACAGCCAAGCUUGACGCUGCUGCAGCCAGUCUAACGUCAAAAGCCGCGGCGACAUCCGCACCCGCACCUGCGCCUGUGCCGGAAGUCAAGAAGGAGGAGCCCAGAGUCAAGCUGUCCUUGGCCGAAUACAAGCGUCGACUCGCCGAACGCCGUGUCUCGGCGCAACAAGUCCCCACUUCGUCGUCCGGUCCGCUCACGCCUUCUCUUGCCACGCCGACGUCCGAGGUCACACCAUCGCCUUCGCCAGCCGUCGAAGGGAGCAAUCCUCUGCCGUCCUCAUCGCUUCGAUCUUCGGAACCUCCGUCCGUUAUGGCUGCCGGGGCGGAGACCAUUUCGACACCCACUGGCGUGAUCCCGCCGGCCAUCUCAAGCGUGCCGGUCAUCACCGAGCCCGCUAAGCCUCCGACAGCAUCAGUCUCAGCAGCAGCGCCGCGGAGCGUGCUCUUCACGUCCAUCUCGGCGCCAACAGCGAUUCGCUCUGUUGAGAUCCCGAAGUCACCUUCGCCGGAGCCGGCACCUGCUCAGGUCCCGGCGGGCGGGGCUUCUUUGGGAGCAGCAUCGGCUGUAAUGCCCUCUCAAGAGGUCCUCGCGCCCGUUGCUUCAUCCAUCGAGGCAGGUACUGUCAGCAGCACAGCCGGCCCUGCGUCGUCACCGGCUUCCAACACGAGCACUCUGCCCAGCGCAGGCGCAGGUUCUGACACGCCAGCCUUGCUGAUGCGUCUAGAGACGAUCCGUGGCCGAGCCGCAUCCGUCUCGCAGCAGCCAGGUGGUGGUGACAAGGACCCGCAGCAACAAGGCACGGCCGGCAAUGUCGCAGCAGCAGACGUAGAUGGAUUCGCCAAGCCUCAGUCUCACAGCACAGCGCCGACAACGGCGCCGACAACGCCCGGAUUGGGUGCUACAUCCUCGACUCCGAUGCGAUCGCCUUCGCUUGGGCCUAUUAGGGUGCAACCCCCGCACUCUCCAUCGGGCUCAGCCACCUUCAACCCCCCGAGAGGUCCUCGUGCGUUCAUGAGUCCUCCCAGCGCUUCGUUGGCCCCUUCGUCGAUGGCUCCGACAUCGAGCGUCACCGCUGGCAGCGUCAGCAGCGCGGCAGCACCCGCGUUAUCAUCAGCCGCAGCACCGGUCACCUCACCAGCAGUCACAUCGACUCCAGCCCGCAUCGGCAUCGCCGGCGUCGCAGCUGGGAUGGCCAACACGCCCUCCUCAGCCAGCUCGGCGAGUUCCACAGCAUCCACACGCUACGCUCCCCCCAGCCUCACCUCGCCCACGCCGGCGACCACGGCACUGCCUCGAAGCGCAGGCGGCUACCCACCUCGCGACUACGCCGGAGUGCCCAAGGGCCCCUCGAGCAUGCGAGAUGCCGACCCGCGCGCCGACGCCUGGGCGGAAGCGCGCGAGGCACGCGAGGCGCGAGGCGGCGACUACUACGGCGCCCCGCCGCGCCACCACGACAGCGCCGGGGCAGGCCGCGACAUGGGUUGGGGCGAGAGACCGCGCGAGCCUGCUGCGGGAUGGGGUCGCCGAGAUCCCACGUAUCGCGAUGCUCCUCCCGCAGGCGCAGGGUAUGCGAGGGACGAAGCGGCCUAUCCGUACCGCCGACCGUCUGCGACGGAAUACGAUGAUGCAGGAGGACCGGCAUACGAUCGGCCCGCGGACCCAUACAAUCGCGGAAUUGUCGUGCGCGGUCGCAGCCUUAUCGGUGGUGGUGGCGCGGCGCCACCCGCAGCAGGGACAGCACAACCACCAGCGAGAGAGUAUAGGGAGUACGACGAGGGUGCCCCCAGGGGCGGGUACCGGGGCGGCGGAUGGGGUGGCAGGGGUAGACCGCGCGGUGGGAGAGGACGCGGAUGGAUGCGCUAG